CACUUGUAGGUACUUGGAGGUAUUUGACGGAGCUGGGUACCAUGCCAUUGUACACGGUGACAGUGGCCACGGGGAGCCAGUGGUUUGCGGGUACGGAUGACUACAUCUAUAUCACUCUGGUGGGGAUUGAGGGCAGCAGCGAGAGGACCCUCUUGGAUAAACCUCUCUACAAUGACUUUGAAAGAGGCGCGGUGGACUCCUAUAAUGUGCAUGUGGGGGAGAACCUGGGUGCGAUAGUCCUGGUGAAGUUGGAGAAGAACAAGUACUGGGUGCAGGACGACUGGUACUGCCGCUACAUCACGGUCAAGACGCCCGAUGGGGACUACAUAGAGUUCCCUUGUUUCCGUUGGCUCACCGACAACAAAGAGGUGGUGCUCAGGGACGGGGCAGCUCACCUCCCCCAAGAUGAUAAGACUAGCCUGGUCAAGCAGCACCGCCAGAAAGAGCUGGAGACAAGACGCAAAAUGUACAGAUGGAAGGAGUGGCAACCUGGUUUCCCUAUGAGCAUCGAUGCCAACCGCCACAGAGACCUGCCUCGAGACAUCCAGUUUGACAGUGAGAAGGGAGUGGACUUUGUGCUCAACUACAGCAAGGCUAUCGAGAACCUGUUUGUGAACCAGUUUAUGCACAUGUUCCAGUCAUCUUGGAAUGACUUUUCUGAUUUUGAGAAGAUUUUUGCGAGAAUCAAAAACACCAUAUCAGAGUACGUGAUGAAACACUGGAAGGAGGAUUUCAUGUUUGGAUAUCAGUUCCUAAAUGGCUGUAAUCCUGUGGUGAUCCAGAAGUGCACCAAAAUUCCAGAAAAGUUUCCUGUCACAAAUGAGAUGGUUAAAGUCAGCCUAGAGAGAGAGCUCACACUGGAGGAAGAAGUUAAGGCCGGUAACAUCUACAUUGCAGACUAUGAGGUUUUGGACGGCAUCACUGCAAACGCCACAGACCCGUGCACUUUGCAGUAUGUAGCUGCUCCCAUCUGCCUGCUCUACAAGAACCUGCGCAACAAGAUCAUGCCUGUAGCCAUUCAGCUUAGACAGGCCCCAGGAGAAGACAACCCCAUCUUCUUGCCCACAGACUCUAAGUAUGACUGGCUCCUGGCAAAGAUUUGGGUGCGCUCCACAGACUUCCACCACCACCAGACCAUUACCCACCUCCUGCGCACCCACCUGAUGACUGAGGUGUUUGGGAUCGCCAUGUACAGGCAGCUGGCAGCGGUGCAUCCGGUCUAUAAGCUCCUCAUCCCUCACAUCCGCUUCACCAUCGCCAUUAACACCAAGGCCAGGGAGCAGCUCAUCUGUGAGUGUGGCAUCUUUGAUAAGGCCAAUGCCGUAGGAGGAGGAGGACAUGUGGAGCUGGUGCAGAGAGCAGUGAAGAGCCUCACCUUCAGGUCUCUGUGUUUCCCUGAUAUGAUCAAAGCUCGAGGCAUGGAUGAUCCAGAGGACGUGCCCACAUACUUCUACAGAGACGACGGCUACCAGGUCUGGGACGCAACCAAGAGUUUUGUGUCUGACGUGGUUCAUAUUUACUACAAAAGCAACGAGGCCGUUCAAGCAGAUGAAGAGAUCCAGGCCUUUGUCAAAGACGUGUGUAGCUUUGGCAUGCAAGACUUUGACCACUGUGAGUUCCCCAAGUCUUUGAAGAACCGUGAGGAGCUGGUGGAGUACCUGACCGUGGUGGUGUUCACAGCCUCCUCUCAGCACGCAGCCGUCAACUUUGGACAGUACGACUGGUGCUCAUGGAUCCCCAACGCUCCCUCCACCAUGAGGAAGCCCCCUCCCACACAGAAGGGUGUGGCUGAUGUCAACCUGAUCAUACAUAGUCUGCCAGACAGGGGGCGCUCCAGCUGGCACCUUGGAGCAGUGUGGGCCCUGAGCCAGUACCAGGAGAACGAGCUGUACCUGGGCAUGUACCCCGACGAACACUUCAUCGAGAAGCCAGUGAAGGCGGCCAUGGAGAACUUCAGGGAGAAGCUGUCCCAGAUCAGUGGCGCCAUCAAGAGGAGGAACGAGGGAAAGAAACUGCCCUACCACAACAUGUCUCCAGAUCGCAUCCCCAACAGUGUGGCCGUGUGAGAGGGAGCGCUGGUCUGUGUAAGGCAAAGGGCCGCCCGCUAUGAGAAAAUGUAACUGCUCACACAUUACAGAAACGAAUACCAAUGUUUGUUAAAUGAUUUGAAAUUAUAAUCAGAAGAAGGCUUGAUUAUUGGUUUGUUU